GACUCACGUCUUUGCAAGAGCGAGGAAGGGAGGGUGUGGCGGGUGUGGGGAGUGGCCACGGCCUCCCGCGAUAUCCCGCGCCUUUGGUCCAUGGCCCGGCGAUUGCAACGCGUUCGGGCCGCCCAGGGACCCCGCCUUUGCCACGGCCUUCCAGCUGACACCGACGACCUGAAGCAGCCGACGCGCACGGCAUGCGGGCGGCGGAGGCCCAGGAAGUUUUUGCGGCGCGAGCUGGACGAGCUGCAAGGGGCGCGCGCGCGAGCGAAGGUCAAGCUCGAUCAGAAGGGUGCGCCUUUGCGGCGUAAG